AUGAAAGCCCUCAUUGAAACAUUACAAGAAUUUUCAAUCAAAUUAAGGGGUCUUAUGAAAUCACUGCCUGCAACAGUUUCGUCCUUCAACCUUCGUGCAGAUAAGGAGACGCAAGCAAUUACAGUUCUUCUCCUGAUGACUUUGGAAAACGAAUCUGCGAGUCCAAGUCCCCCGGUCCAUUCCAAGUCCAUUCCAAGCCCAUUCCAAGUCCAUUCCAAGUCCAUUCCAUUCCAAGUCCAUUCAUUCCAAGACAAGUCCUCCAAGUCCAUCCAAAAUCCAAGUCCAAAUUCAAAGUCACAAGUCCAAGUCCAUCCAUCCAAUCCAAGUCCAUUCCAAGUCCAUCCAAGUCCAUUCCAAGUCCAUUCCAAGUCCCAACCAAGUCCAUUCCAGAAGCCCAUUCCAAGUCCAUUCAAGCCCAUUCAAGCAAGCCCAUUCCAAUCCAUUCCAAGCCCAUUCCAAGUCAUUCCAAGUCCAAGUCCAUUCCAAGUCCCAUUCAAGCCCAUUCCAAGUCCAUUCCAAGCCAUUCCAAGUCCAUUCCAAGCAAGUCCAUUCCAAGUCCCCAAGUUCAAGUCCAUUCCCCAAUCCAAGUCCAUUCCAAAGACAAGUCCCAAUUCAAGUCCAUUCCAAGUUCCAAGUCCAUUCCAAGCCCAUUCCAAGUCCCAUUCCAACGCCCUCCAAGUCCAAAGGCCCAUUCCAAGUCCAUUCCAAGUCCAUUCCAAUUCCAAGCCAUUCCAAGUCCAUUCCAAGUCCAUUCCCAUUCCAGUCCAUUUCCCCACAAGUCCGCCCAUUCCAAGUCCGCAUUCCAAGAAAAACACCCGUCGUGAGAUUUAUUUCCAAGGAAUAUCUGGAGGCUUUUUUCCCGUCGUGAAAAAAGCCUCCAGAUAUUCCUUGGAAAUAAAUCUCAAAAGCCACGAUUUCAUACUCGAUGCCUCUGUAGAAGAAAAUAGAGAUAAUUAA